AUCAGGGAAUUGUGACAUAUGUGCGUGUCACCUCAUAGGUGUUUGUGCCACUUUGUCUACUCUGGAGCCUUCAGUCAACAGAGCUUAGGUCUCGUCCAGCUCUUGAAGGGCUUACUGAGGUGGAACUUUGCAGCUUCUUGAGUGCUCUUUGAUACCAAAGAGCCACAUUUUCCUCUCCUUUCCAAAAUGGAUCUGGAAAAGUUAACUGGAGGAGGAGGGGGAAGAAAGGAGGAAGAAAGAGAAGAAAAAGGAGAGCAAAGUGAAGGGAAAGAUUCAGUUGGAGAAGGAAGAGAAAGAGAGGAAGGGGGAGAAAGAGAGGAGGGAGGAGAAAGAGAGGAAGGCAGGGGAGCAGUGGGAAGAGAAGAGGGAGGAAGAGGACAAAGAGAUCAAGGAGGACAAAGAGAAGGAGAGAGAGAAAGAGAUAGAGAAAAAAGUGAAGGAGGAGAAAGAGGAGGAGAGGGGAAGGAGGAGAAGGAGGGAGAGGAGAGAGAGGGACAAGGAGAAGGAAGAGAAAGGUUCCGGGAAGCUAAGGGAAUCAGUGACUGGUCUUUAUUCCUAAGUAAGAAGGAUUCUAAGUCCCGCAGAUUGGCCAUGGUUUACCCGGGCCCGCUGUCUGAGCCACUGCUGGGGCCACCAUGUGAAGGACUGAGUAAAAGGGAAGAGCCAAAAGCAUUGAACGGGUCCUGGAUAUCCAGAAGUCGAGUCCAACCUGAACCUGUCCGGACACAGACCUUAGUGCACCACGGAGACAUCAUGCAGAAGUCGCCUCUGGAGAAAGCCAGCUUUAUCUCCAAACUCUUCUUCAGCUGGACCACACCAAUUUUGAGAAAAGGGUACAGACACCACUUGGAGCUGUCAGACAUAUACCAAGCCCCUUCUUCUGAUUCAGCUGACCACCUGUCUGAAAAGCUAGAAAGAGAAUGGGACAGGGAACAAGCUUCCAAAAAGAAGCCCCAGCUUAUCCACGCCCUCCGGCGAUGCUUUGUCUGGAGAUUCGUCUUCUACGGAGUCUUGUUAUACCUCGGGGAAGUCACCAAGGCUGUCCAGCCUGUCUUGCUAGGAAGAAUCAUAGCAUCCUAUGAUCCAGACAACACGGAGGAGCGUUCCAUUGCCAUUUACCUAGGCAUAGGCUUAUGCCUCCUCUUCAUUGUCAGGACACUGCUUCUGCACCCAGCUAUUUUUGGCCUUCAUCACAUUGGAAUGCAGAUGAGAAUAGCCAUGUUUAGCUUGAUUUAUAAGAAGACUUUAAAGUUGUCAAGCCGUGUUCUUGAUAAAAUAAGUAUUGGACAACUUAUUAGUCUUCUUUCCAACAACCUGAACAAAUUUGAUGAAGGACUUGCCUUGGCACAUUUUAUAUGGAUUGCUCCUUUACAAGUGGUUCUUCUGAUGGGGCUUCUCUGGGACUUGUUACAGUUCUCAGCCUUCUGUGGCCUUGGUUUACUGAUAGUCUUGGUUAUUUUUCAAGCUAUCUUAGGGAAGAUGAUGGUGAAGUACAGAGAUAAAAGAGCUGCAAAGAUCAAUGAAAGACUUGUGAUCACAUCAGAAGUUAUUGACAAUAUCUAUUCUGUUAAGGCAUAUUGUUGGGAAUCAGCGAUGGAGAAGAUAAUUGAAAGCUUGAGAGAGGAGGAACUGAAAAUGACCCGGAGGUCAGCCUAUAUGAGGUUCUUCACUAGCUCUGCCUUCUUCUUUUCAGGGUUUUUUGUAGUCUUUUUAUCUGUGCUUCCCUACACAGUCAUCAAUGGAAUCGUCCUCCGAAAAAUAUUCACAACCAUUUCAUUCUGCAUUGUCCUGCGUAUGUCAGUCACACGGCAAUUCCCCACUGCUGUACAGAUAUGGUAUGAUUCUUUGGGAAUGAUAAGAAAAAUACAGGAUUUCCUACAGACUCAAGAAUAUAAAGUGCUGGAGUAUAACUUAAUGUUCACAGGCCUAGUCAUGGAGAAUGUAACAGCAUUUUGGGAGGAGGGAUUUCAGGAAUUACUGGAGAAAGUACAACUAAACAAUGAUGACAGAAAAACUUCCAAUGGUGAGAACCACCUCAGUUUUAGUCAUCUCUGUCUAGUGGGAAAUCCUGUGUUGAAAAACAUCAAUUUGAAUAUAAAGAAAGGAGAGAUGUUGGCUAUUACUGGAUCUACUGGAGCAGGAAAGACAUCACUCCUGAUGCUGAUACUGGGAGAACUGGAAGCGUCAGAGGGAAUUAUUAAGCACAGUGGAAGAGUUUCAUUCUCCUCUCAAAUUUCUUGGAUUAUGCCGGGUACUAUCAAAGAAAAUAUCAUCUUUGGUGUUUCCUAUGAUGAGUACAGAUAUAAGAGUGUUGUCAAAGCUUGCCAACUACAGGAGGACAUCACCAAGUUUGCAGAACAAGACAACACAGUUCUUGGAGAAGGUGGAGUCACACUCAGUGGAGGUCAACGUGCAAGAAUUUCUUUAGCAAGAGCAGUAUAUAAAGAUGCUGAUUUGUACCUGUUAGAUUCCCCCUUCGGAUAUCUAGAUGUUUUAACUGAAGAACAAAUAUUUGAAAGUUGUGUCUGUAAAUUGAUGGCCAGCAAAACUAGGAUUCUGGUCACAUCUAAAAUGGAGCAGUUAAAGAAAGCUGACAAGAUACUCAUUUUGCAUGAGGGCAGCAGCUAUUUUUAUGGGACGUUUUCUGAACUACAAAGUCUACGUCCAGACUUCAGUUCCAAACUCAUGGGGUAUGAUACUUUUGACCAGUUUACUGAGGAAAGAAGGAGUUCAAUUCUAACUGAGACCUUACGCAGGUUCUCAGUGGACGAUGCCUCUACCACCUGGAACAAAGCCAAACAGUCAUUUAGACAGACUGGAGAGUUUGGAGAAAAAAGGAAGAACUCUAUUCUAAGUUCAUUCAGCUCUGUGAAGAAAAUUUCCAUUGUGCAAAAGACUCCAUUGUCCAUAGAAGGAGAAUCUGAUGACCUCCAAGAAAGGAGACUGUCCCUGGUUCCAGACUCUGAACAUGGAGAGGCCGCUCUGCCUCGCAGCAACAUGAUCACCGCCGGGCCCACGUUUCCAGGCAGAAGAAGACAGUCUGUUUUGGAUCUUAUGACAUUCACACCCAGCUCAGUCUCCAGCAGUCUCCAGAGGACCAGAGCUUCUAUUCGAAAAAUAUCCUUAGCCCCUCGGAUAAGCUUAAAGGAAGAGGAUAUAUAUUCAAGGCGAUUAUCGCAAGAUAGCACACUGAACAUCACCGAAGAAAUUAAUGAAGAAGAUUUAAAGGAGUGUUUUUUUGAUGAUAUGGUAAAGAUCCCCACGGUGACAACAUGGAACACAUACCUUCGAUAUUUCACGCUCCACAGAGGCUUAUUUGCAGUGCUGAUUUGGUGCGUGCUGGUUUUUCUGGUUGAGGUGGCUGCUUCUUUAUUUGUGUUGUGGUUGCUUAAAAACAACCCCGUUAAUGGUGGAAACAAUGGCACUAAAAUUGCCAAUACCUCCUAUGUUGUGGUCAUCACCAGUUCCAGCUUCUAUUACAUUUUUUACAUUUACGUGGGAGUGGCUGACACUUUGCUUGCUCUGAGCCUCUUCAGAGGUUUGCCCCUGGUGCAUACGUUAAUCACAGCAUCAAAAAUUUUGCACAGGAAAAUGUUACAUUCUAUUCUUCAUGCCCCUAUGUCAACCUUCAACAAGCUGAAAGCAGGUGGGAUUCUUAACAGAUUCUCCAAAGAUAUAGCAAUUUUGGAUGACUUUCUGCCUCUUACCAUAUUUGACUUCAUCCAGUUGCUGUUCAUUGUGGUCGGAGCAAUAAUAGUUGUCUCGGCUUUACAACCCUACAUCUUCCUAGCAACGGUGCCAGGGCUAGCAGUCUUCAUUUUACUGAGGGCAUACUUCCUUCAUACCUCCCAACAGCUCAAACAACUGGAAUCUGAAGGCAGGAGUCCAAUUUUCACGCACCUUGUUACAAGCUUAAAAGGACUGUGGACACUUCGAGCCUUCCGACGCCAGACUUACUUUGAAACCCUAUUCCACAAAGCUCUGAAUUUGCACACUGCCAACUGGUUUAUGUAUCUGGCAACCUUGCGCUGGUUCCAGAUGAGAAUAGACAUGAUUUUCGUCCUCUUCUUCAUUGUUGUUACCUUCAUCUCCAUUUUAACAACAGGUGAAGGAGAAGGAACGACUGGUAUUAUUCUAACUUUAGCUAUGAAUAUUAUGAGUACUUUGCAAUGGGCUGUGAACUCAAGCAUUGAUACAGAUAGCUUGAUGCGAUCUGUGAGCAGAGUCUUUAAGUUUAUUGAUAUACAAACAGAAGAAAGUAUAUGUACCAAGAUAAUGAAAGAACUACAUAGUGAAGACUCACCUAAUGCUUUAGUCAUUAAGAAUGAACAUGUGAAGAAAUGUGAUACCUGGCCCUCUGGAGGUGAAAUGGUUGUCAAAGACCUUACUGUGAAAUAUGUGGAUGAUGGGAAUGCCAUAUUAGAGAACAUUUCUUUUUCAAUAAGUCCUGGCCAGAGGGUGGGGCUCUUAGGAAGAACUGGCUCAGGAAAAAGUACUUUGCUGUCAGCCUUUUUACGAAUGUUGAACAUUAAAGGCGAAAUACAGAUCGAUGGUGUCUCCUGGAACUCAAUGACCUUACAAGAAUGGAGAAAAGCUUUUGGAGUGAUAACACAGAAAGUAUUUAUCUUUUCUGGAACAUUCAGACAAAACUUGGAUCCCAAUGGAAAAUGGAGAGAUGAAGAAAUAUGGAAAGUUGCAGAUCAGGUUGGCCUCAAGUCUGUGAUAGAGCAGUUUCCUGGACAGCUCAACUUUACCCUUGUGGAUGGGGGUUAUGUGCUAAGCCAUGGUCACAAGCAGUUGAUGUGCUUGGCCCGAUCUGUUCUCAGUAAGGCCAAGAUCAUACUGCUUGAUGAGCCUAGUGCCAAUCUAGACCCCAUAACAUACCAAGUGAUUCGACGAGUUCUAAGACAAGCCUUCGCUGGUUGCACAGUAGUCCUCUGUGAACACAGGAUAGAAGCAAUGUUGGACUGUCAGCGAUUUUUGGUCAUAGAGCAGGGCAAUGUCUGGCAGUAUGAAUCCCUCCAGGCACUUCUGAGCGAGAAGAGUGUCUUCCAGCGAGCCCUUAGCUCCUCAGAAAAGAUGAAGCUCUUCCACGGCCGGCACUCCAGCAAGCAGAAGCCUCGGACACAGAUCACUGCUGUGAAAGAGGAGACGGAGGAAGAAGUGCAAGAGACCCGGCUCUAGUGCUGGGUGCUGGAGAAGCAACUCGAAAACCCAUGCAAAAUGAAAAGGGCAGGCAGUCCCCAUGCUUCUAACCCAGUGCUGGGGACACAGGCACAGGUGGCUACUAGGGGCUCUGUGGAAAGUGAUCCUAGCCCACAAAGAGAGUUCCAGGCCGGGCACCUGAAAGACAAUACCUGUGGAUAUCCUCUCGCUUCCUUAUGCAAGUUCAAACACACACACACACACACACACACACACACACACACACACACACACACACACGCACACGCACACUAAUGGGCAUACACACAGAAAAGCAAAGACCGAAAGAAGGAAAGAAUCAGUGCAAGUGACUGCGAAGCAAUCAUGCAUGGAGUCUGCUCAUGGACUUGGAGGAGCUGAGCCCCACUACCUAUGCCCGUGAAAGCAGGGUGAAGUCCAAGGCUUGCUUUUUAAGAGACUGUUUUGGAAGAGAAAUCAAAACCAUUCAUCUGGGUAUGGGUAAACUGACUUUCUAGCAGUGGUCAAAUUGUUUGAAAGGGGAUGGUGACCACUGAGUAUUGCAAGUUUUCUGAAAACAUUUGCCCUCUAGAGGUAGCUGUAAAGAUAGCUAUAAAUGGCAACCAGGAGAGCUGUUCAGCUUAUCAUUCAAUGCAGCUGAUUAAUUUGUGUUAUUGAAGAACUGAAAUCAUAGUGCUUAGAUACAGGGUAAGUAAAGAGAACUAAAACAGGGCUCACAUAGCUCAUAGCCCAACUUUCUUUGUAAUAUUUUGGCACACAGCUGUAUUGCCUUCUAUACAUUGUUUGUCACAUUCCAAGUAAGUGUUAGAAUACUAUACAAAUACUGAGAGGUAUUGAAAGUUGCCUCACUUUACAUCUGGUGACCCUGUAACCUAUCAGGGUUAAGAAUAUCCAGAUCUUGGAAAUUAAGAUUAAGACCAUCUAGCCUUACUACCAUACAGCUAAACAUUCUUAGCUGACCUAGGAAAAGAACUGUUACAGUCCCAUGACGGGGCCAGGAUAAUCACCUUGAUAUGGAAAGUGACACACUUAUGUUCCCAGAAAGCGACAGAUCUUUAAGAGUUCUGAAGUGAAGGGAGGUUGUGUUAGUGCAAACUAGUGCAGCACAGCACCAGGUGCAGGAGUUAGCAUGUAGAAGGCCAUGGGCGCUCAUGGAAAUGUGCAGUGGUGUGUUCAUGUGCUCUCAGCUAGCUGUGUGUACUUCAUACUGUCUCCACAGAGUUGUGGAGACACUCUGAAAAAGAUUUAAUCAUGAAUUAGUUUUAUAUGCUUUAUUUUAUAAUUUGUGAUGCAAAUGAAAUUUUCUCUGAGAAAUAUUUAUUUUAGUAGUAAUGUUUCAAACUCAUAUAUAACAAUGCUGUAUUUUAGAAUGAUUAUAUAAUGACUUACACUUGUAUAAAAUAAUUUUUAUAUUUGAAGUGUUGAAUUUUCAUAGCACUAGCUAUUUUAGAACAGGGAGUGAGGAAGACAAGGAUGAUAAGGACCAUUCACAACGAUGUGAAGCACGGAGACUGAUGUAGACCUCGGACCCAUCUGUGUGGUUCUCAGUCAACACAUACUCCCUUUUAAUGCAGCUUUGAAGAAGAUGAUACCAAAAGUUAAGAUGGUCCCCUUCUGGGAACAUCAGCUUCUGAACUGCAAACUAAGCCUUAGAUGAAUGUAUUGUAUUUAUUACUGUAAUAGAAUAUCAUGUGUCAAUAAAAUUCUUUUAUUUGUGUGAAA